GGGUCGAUUUUGUCUGCUCCUUUUAGCAGGACCCAACCGUUACAUUUCCCCAUUUCUUCGAGUGCAGCGAGCCCAACUCAAUCAUUUCUACCAGCUUACGCUUACGCUACCUUAUCAUCAUCAUUUUCUGUCACAACUGUUCCCCCUAUAAAUUCUUCCGAAACCCUAGAACAUUCCAGAAACCCUUAAUUUUCCCUCUCCACCUCAAAUUCCACCAUCAAUUCCACCAAUAAACCCUAAUCCCCUUCAAAUUCCGCUUCCUAAACCCUAGAUCUGAUCCACAUUUCCUUUCCAAAUUAACUUUGGUAUUAUUCUCACGUAUGUUGGAUAUGGGAAGGGUUGAAAAUGAGGCAAUUGCCAAACCCUCCUCCUCAUCGUCGUCGCUUUCACCAUCAUCUACCAUAACCACAUCAACAUCUGUAACCGAGACGGUGAACGGGUCGCAUGAUUUUAACAUCACUGGGUAUUCAUUGUCUAAAGGCAUUGGUAUUGGCAAGUACAUUGCUUCCGAUACAUUUAUGGUAGGUGGGUAUUCGUGGGCGGUUUAUUUUUAUCCUGAUGGGAAGAGUAAUGAAGAUAAUGCUACGUAUGUGUCCUUGUUUAUUGCCUUAGCGAGUGAAGGAACGGAUGUGAGGGCGCUUUUUGAGCUGACCUUGAUUGAUCAGAGUGGUAAAGGUAGGCAUAAAGUGCAUAGCCAUUUUGGAAGAGCUUUGGAGAGUGGACCGUAUACACUUAAAUAUCGCGGGAGUAUGUGGGGAUAUAAGCGAUUCUUUAAAAGAAUCGCUCUAGAAUCAUCAGACUACCUGAAGGAUGAUUGCCUGCAAGUUCAUUGCUGUGUUGGUGUAGUGAGGUCUCACACCGAAGGACCUAAGACCUACUCCAUCCCUGUAUCUCCAUCAGAUCUUGGACUGCAUUUUGGACAGCUCCUUGAAAGCGGGAAGGAUACUGAUGUAAACUUCGAUGUUAAUGGAGAGAUAUUUACUGCUCAUAAAUUAGUACUUGCUGCAAGGUCACCUGUGUUCAGAGCACAACUUUUUGGUCCAAUGAAGGAUCAAAAUACAGAGCAUAUAAAAGUAGAAGACAUGGAAGCCCCAGUUUUUAAGGCUCUUCUUCAUUUCAUUUACUGGGAUAUGCUGUUGGAUAUGGAAGAGCUCACAGGGUUGAAUUCUGAAUGGGCAUCAACCUUGAUGUCUCAACAUCUGCUUGCGGCAGCUGACCGUUAUGGGUUAGAUAGGCUCAGGUUGCUCUGCGAGGCUAACCUGUGCCGGGAAGUUGCUAUUAAUACUGUUGCAACCACUUUAGCCCUGGCUGAACAGCACCAUUGUUUCCAGCUGAAAUCUGUCUGUCUCAAAUUUGUUGCCUUGCCAGAAAAUCUAAGAGCUGUAAUGCAAACUGAUGGUUUUGACUAUCUGAGAGAAAGUUGUCCUCAUGUCCUCACAGAACUGUUGGAGUAUGUUGCUAGGGUAAAUGAACAUUCUGGCAUUGCCAACAAGCUAGGGAAUGAGUUUGUCCUUGAUGGUGGUGAUGUCCAGGGUCGACGCGUGAAACAAAGAUUAUAGUUGAAGUUUCAACUGCCAACCUGGUGUGAUCCUUAAUAGGAUAGUAAAAACAUACUUCAUGUUGCAGGCUCUAGUUUUGACAUACAUGUAAAUUUGCUGUCGGUCGAUGUCAUUGAUGUUGUAAUCAUAUGUAUUAUCUUGUUCUUAGUAAUGUGUAUUUGUGUAUAGCUUCUAGCUCUUUGUCCAUAAGGUUUUCUCUUUACUCCCUUAUGUAUUCGUUAUUUUGGCCCUUGUUUUGUCAGUUGAACAUGUAAUUUAUUUGUAUUAUUUGGGGUAUUGUUUUUCGA